AUGACUGUCGUGGCUGAGGAGAACGUGGAAGAGACCCUGGCUUUGCCAGGCCACCCGCAGGACAGCUACCGGCCCGGGGCACACGAGGACCACGAGUGCUGCGAGAGGGUCGUGAUCAACAUUGCCGGCCUGCGGUUUGAGACCCAGCUGAAGACCCUGGCCCAGUUCCCCGAUACGCUGCUGGGGAACCCGAAGAAGCGGAUGCGUUACUUCGACCCACUGAGGAACGAGUAUUUCUUUGACCGGAACCGCCCCAGCUUCGACGCCAUCCUCUACUACUACCAGUCCGGGGGGCGGCUUCGCAGGCCGGUCAACGUCCCCCUGGACAUGUUCUCGGAGGAGAUCAAGUUCUACGAGCUGGGGGAGGAGGCCAUGGAGAAGUUCCGGGAGGACGAAGGGUUCAUUAAGGAGGAGGAGCGGCCCCUGCCCGAGGGGGAGUAUCAACGGCAGGUUUGGCUCCUCUUCGAGUACCCCGAGAGCUCCGGGCCAGCGCGAGUGAUCGCCAUCGUCUCUGUCAUGGUGAUCCUGAUCUCCAUCGUGAUCUUCUGCCUGGAGACGCUGCCCGCCCUGAAGGAGCAGGACAGGGAGUACCCGGGGCUCCAGAACCGCAGCUACAACUCCACCACCUUCCACAAGUCCAGCAUCUUCACCGACCCCUUCUUUGUCGUGGAGACCCUGUGCAUCAUCUGGUUUUCGUUUGAGCUGCUGGUGCGCUUCCUCGCCUGCCCCAGCAAGGCGGAGUUCUUCAAGAACAUUAUGAACUUCAUAGACAUCGUGGCCAUCAUCCCGUACUUCAUCACGCUGGGCACAGAGAUGGCUGAGCGGGAGGGUCCCCCCAAGGGGGAGCAGGCCACCUCCCUGGCCAUCCUGAGGGUCAUCCGACUGGUAAGAGUCUUUCGCAUCUUCAAACUCUCCAGGCACUCUAAGGGCCUCCAGAUUCUGGGACAGACCCUCAAGGCGAGCAUGAGGGAGUUAGGGCUGCUAAUCUUUUUCCUCUUCAUUGGGGUGAUCUUGUUCUCCAGCGCGGUGUACUUUGCCGAAGCUGAGGAAUCUGGGACCUUUUUCGACAGCAUCCCCGACGCUUUCUGGUGGGCAGUGGUAUCCAUGACCACUGUGGGAUAUGGUGACAUGUACCCUGUGACAAUUGGAGGCAAAAUCGUGGGCUCCUUGUGUGCCAUUGCUGGUGUGCUGACAAUUGCCCUGCCUGUACCUGUCAUCGUGUCCAACUUCAACUACUUCUACCACCGAGAAACGGAAGGGGAGGAACAGGCUCAGUUGCUUAAAGUUAGCUCUCGUAACGUAGCCGCUGACGCUGACCUGAGCCGCCGGAGCUCCUCCACCAUCAGCAAGUCUGAGUACAUGGAAAUUGAAGAAGAUGUGAAUAAUAGCAUAGACAAUUUUAGGGAGGCCACGCUCAGAACUGGCAACUACACCCUAGCCAACCAGAACUGUGUCAAUAAAAGCAAGCUGCUUACAGAUGUUUAGACAGGUAGGCGAGGAAAGAGGAGGAGCCCGGCAGCUUGGAGG